CGGCCCCAGACGAGCCGAGCCGAGCCGAGAGCGCAGCCGGGCCGCCGCCGCCGCCGCCUCGCAGAUGCCAUCACAGCAACAAAGAGCUUGCUGAUCUGAGAGCCGCGGCGAGAGCUCGCCUGGAAGCCACGGCGCCGGCUCCCGGAGCUGGGCGGCAGCAGGAGGAAAGGCUCCGGGGGAGGGGAGGGGGCAGAAGAUGGCCAAGAAGAGAAAGCCCCCCAGCAUUAAGGACUCCUUUCUAAGCAGCUCAACUUUGCAGUGGUUCAGGUCUUCUGAAGAGACAGCCUCUUACCUUAAUGAGUGACGAAGGUGAUCCAAGGAUACAUGACCCACAUUUCAAGGGGCCCGUUGUCAACAGGAGCUGUACAGAUGUGCUGUGCUGCAUGAUCUUCAUACUGUUCAUUAUUGCCUACAUUCUUUUAGGACUUGUGGCCUGGGUCAAUGGCGACCCCAGAAGAGUGGCCUAUCCUACAGACAGCCAAGGCCACUUUUGUGGCCAAAAGGGCACCCCCAAUGAGAACAAGCCCAUUUUGUUUUACUUUAACCUGCUCAGCUGUACCAGUCCCUCCGUGGUGGUAAACCUACAGUGCCCUACCAGACAGAUCUGUGUCUCCAAGUGCCCAGAAAAAUUUUUAACCUACAUGGAAAUACAAUUUAUGUACAGAAAAGACAGAAACGACUGGACAUACUACAGCCAGUUCUGCAAGUCUGCUUUUCUUAAGCCUGCGAAGACUCUCACACAAGUUUUACUGGAUGAUGAUUGUCCAACAGCGAUUUUUCCAAGCAAACCUUAUCUCCAGAGAUGUUUCCCUGACUUUUCUACUAAAAAUGGCACUUUAACUGUAGGAAAUAAGACAGUGUUUGAAGAUGGAAGUGGAAAGACAAGAAAUGCUGUAGAACUCAGGGCAGCUGCAAAUGGUAUCAAUAAAGUCCUUGAUGCAAGGGCAAUUGGAGUGAAAGUGUUUGAAGACUAUGCAACAACGUGGUAUUGGAUUCUCAUUGGCCUGACUAUCGCCAUGCUCCUCAGUUGGAUGUUCGUGAUACUCCUGAGGUUCACGGCUGGCUUCCUCUUCUGGCUCUUCACCUUUGGUGUGAUUGGGAUUAUAGCUUAUGGAAUAUGGCACUGUUACCGGGAAUACAGCAAUCUUCAGGGACAGCCAAAUUCUCACUUAACUGUAUUUCACAUCGGGAUUCAGACUGAUAUAAGCAUGUACUUUCAACUGAAACAAACAUGGUUCGCAUUUAUGAUAAUACUCUGCAUCCUUGAAGUGUUCAUCAUCCUCAUGCUGAUCUUCCUCAGGGACCGAAUCCGCAUCUCCAUUGCCCUGCUGAAGGAGGGGAGCAAAGCCAUUGGAUACAUCCCUACUACCUUAAUUUAUCCAGUUUUAACUUUCAUUUUCCUCUCAAUCUGCAUUUCCUACUGGGCUGUGAUAGCAGUUUACUUGGCUACAUCAGGGGUACCUAUAUACAAAGUCAUAGCCCCAGAGGGGCAAUGUAAACAUGAAAAUAAAACCUGUAAUCCAGAGAUUUUUAAUACAACUGAAAUUGCCAAAGCUUGCCCUGGGGCUCAGUGUCGUUUUGCUUUCUAUGGUGGAGCGAGCCUGUACCAUCAAUAUAUCACUACCUUCCAGAUAUUCAAUCUAUUUGUCUUUCUCUGGCUUAUAAAUUUUGUCAUUGCAUUGGGUCAGUGUGCCCUUGCUGGUGCCUUUGCUUCUUAUUACUGGGCCUUGAAAAAACCUGAUGACAUCCCACCAUAUCCACUUUUUACUGCAUUUGGACGAGCCAUAAGAUAUCACACUGGAUCCCUAGCAUUUGGAUCUUUAAUUCUUGCAGUAGUUCAAAUGUUCAGAUUAAUCCUAGAAUACUUGGACAAACGUCUUAAACAGGCCCAGAACAACAUUUCUAAAUUCCUAAAAUGCUGCCUGAGAUGCUGUUUCUGGUGUUUAGAAAAAGCAGUAAAGUUUUUGAACAGAAAUGCCUAUGUUAUGAUUGCAAUAUAUGGCAAAAACUUCUGCAGGUCAGCGAGAGAUGCUUUCAAUCUGCUGAUGAGAAAUAUUUUAAAAGUUGCAGUUAUGGAUAGAGUGACAGACUUUGUACUAAUCCUGGGGAAGAUUCUAGUUGCUGGGUGUAUAGGUGUCCUGGCCUUUCUACUCUUCACAGAAAGACUCCCAAUGAUUAUAGUAGGACCAACAUCUUUAAAUUACUACUGGGUACCUUUGCUGACAGUCAUGAUUGGAUCUUACCUAAUUGCACAUGGAUUCUUCAGCGUCUAUGCAAUGUGUAUUGAAACAAUUUUCAUCUGCUUCUGUGAAGAUCUGGAAAGAAAUGAUGGAUCUACAGAAAAACCCUACUUCAUAACCCCUACCCUGCACGGAAUUCUGAACAAGAAGCAACUAGUUCCCCAGAAGCAGAAAGAGUAGAAAAGCUCCAAACAGUGCCAUUCAUUUUUAAGUAGAAGUUUUGUAAAUUAGGUCAUUUGUAUUUGAAAAUGAUGCUUUUAAGUAAUGUGAAAUUUCAGUGCUUAUUCCUAAAAAGCGAGAACUUGGUACCAUCUGAGGUAUCAGGCAAUUGAUGACAGUAGCCUCUGUGAACUAGGAUACUUUAUAGUGGUCCCAGCUGAAGAGCGAGGUGUAAAUGUCACACAUUUUUUUAAAGUCUAUAGCUGAAAGUGUUUCCAAAACUUUUAUAACUUGGCAUGCUGUUUCCCAUUGCAGCAUUUUGAUAGCCUUUCUUUUUAUAAAUGUAUAUUUGUAAAGGGUAUUCAGGAAAUUUUUGAAAGCACUAUAAAUGUGUAAUCAAUUAGCCAUAAAAAGAUUGAUUUAUAGUUAACCAGCAUAUGGUACUAAAUUUGUAAAUAUGGUGCUAUGGUUAUAUUCUAAACUGUGAUUAAACUUGUAUUAAUGGUUCCCUAGGAAGUAUAUUUCAGUAAGUGAUUCGAGACCAUAACAAACAUAUAGACGUUAAUGUUAUACAGGUUCCAUAGGCUGCAUUACUAGGUAAAACUUACUGUGGAACCUUCAUAGGCCAUUUUGUUUUAGUGAAAUUAUAUCUAUAGUGAAGUUGAAUCUGAGUUCUGGAAUGUCAUUUCCAAUAAUAUGAACCUCUGGCCACCAUGAAAAUAUUCUGAGCAGAACUGAGAUGGCCACAUAACUCAUGCCAUUUGUCUGUAACCCAAAUAGAGAUAAAUCCCUAUUUUCCUAUGCCCAUCAUAUAGAAAAUGGGUAUGGAUCUGUUUCAGAAGAGUGAUUAUAUCUGUUAUGAGUUUCUAGAUUAAAGAGAUGAUGUGGCUUUUUUCUAUAAAAAGUUUAAUUUUAGCUUAACUUUCGGUGAAGAAAGAGAAAAGAUAAGAAAGACACUUCAGAUUUUACCCUAAGGAAAUAUUAGCCCUUCAUAGGUACCUCAUCUUGUACCUUUACAAGAGGCAUACUGUAGGUUAGGAAACCUCUUCCUGAAGGGUUUAGGAGGAGAGUUACUUUCAUACUCCACCCUUGCUGGCCAGAGCAACAAACCAGGCUCUGGCGUAGCAAAGCAUGAAUCAGACACUCACGUACUUUGCCUAUCCAUCUCCUAUGUGCAAGUGCAUAUGACAUGGCAAACAGUGUAACAAUGUACCCCAAAAGGAGCAUUGAAUCAAUAGUAUCCUUUUGGCUUUUACACUAAGUUUGUGUAUAAGGAUUAUUUAUGUCUUGACAGAAAGGAACAUGUUGAUCUAACAUUUUGAUCUGAUAUAUGAUCCAUGUAUCCAAGAAGAGAGUCAGAAAUGUAUUAUUGUUAUAAAUAUAAAUAGUAAUUUAUUUAAUGACCCUGAAGUGUGGGAACCUAGAUUUAGACUGACUUCAUAGCAGCUUAAUAGCAAGAAGCUAAUGAAUAGGGGAGAUUUUCAAAAUAUUGGUCCUUCUAUGGCCACCGUCUUGCUCUUGGCUUGCUUUCUUGAGAUUACUGUAAUCAAAAGUGUCAUUUGGCUUCAUACGUUGGCUAAUACCUUCUUCACUCUCAUGCUCCUUGAAGUAUAAUUCAGAGAACAGUGAUAACCUAUCUUUCUAGAUAGUUAUUAUUUUAUUAUUCAGUAAUACAGGGUUCACAACAAAAAUCUAGUAAAAUGGUUACCUCUAACUUAAAUAUUGAAAAAUUAUAAGGAGUAAGUCCCCUUUUAGGAGUAGUUGAAAAAUUCAUAAUGAUGAAACAAUUUUAAAUUUUUUGUGUACGUAUCAGAAUCACUCUGAGAAAUUGUUAUAAAUAUUGAUACAUGUGCCCCCCCCACCCCAAGAGAUUCUAAGUAUUUGGGUGUGGGGCAGCUUGUGAAUUAUUAUAAAGUUCUCUAGUGAUUCUGAUACACAUAAAAGUUGGAAAAUCACUUGCAUAAAAUAUAAAUCAACAUGUGUGAAAUCAUUUGGCCUAUUUUUUCCUUAUAAGCCUGGCUGUUCUAGGAGUUAGAAAAUUGAGAAAGACAAAGGAGAUUAAUUUGGAGAAUUCUAACAAUCAUAACUUCUGUAUUUUAGAUCCUUGGUACUAGAUGGGGGCCCAUGUUUUAAAUGCUUAACAUUUAAAUCUGCUGAUUAGACCAGAAAAUUCUCCACAGUAAAAGUAUUCACUGAACUAUAUGGAGAUAGAUACAUUCUAAACUUGGCUAUAUUUUAAUAAUAUAACCCUUGGUUGCAAAAUCAUAGGAAAAGCAAUGUUGUUUGGUUCAAUAUUCUUAAUAAAUAUUCUUUAAAAAUCUCUAAGUAUAGAAGUUUUAACUAUAUUAUGUGCUUAAUUCUAGUUAGAAAAAUAUUUUUCAUUAUACUUCUUUGUAUAAUUGAAAUAUAGAGAAAAAUGAGUUGAGAAAAAUUUAAAAGCCACUUUCUUAUAAAGAAAUUAAGAUAAUAACUGAAAAAACAGAGCCAUACUUCUAAAAAUUUUGGGUUCAAAGAUUUGAAAUAUAUUGAAAAUUUACAAAUCUUUAAAAAAGAAAAAAACUGUACCACCUAAAUUGUUGCUCGAAAAACAAAAGCAAUCUUGAACUAAUAUGGUAACUUAGAAGGCAAGUUGAAUACAUCAUACUUUUUAGGAAUUUGAAGGUGAAUUUAGAAAUUCCUCAUACAUCUUGUUUUUUGUGUAGUUACAUUUGCUCUCUAAAAGAAGAUAAAACUUAUUUCCUUAAUCAUGCAGCUGAGAGGCACGUGCUAUUGGCAGAAUCAGACCUGGUACACAGAAUGAGAUAAUAUCUUAUUGAUAUAAUAACAAGGGCUGAUUGUUUUCUCAUAGUUAUGUUUACAAUAAUGUUGAUGCCAAACUAUGCUGUUUUUUAGAAUAACAUUUUGAACUGCUGUAAAGCAAGUAUGCAGCAGAUGGCGAUGUUACUUCUCUUACAGUUUUGCUUUGAUAUUUACCCUGUGCCAUUCUUCCUCCUAGUGGAAGAUUUAGAAAGAAACGAUGGUUCUGCUGAAAGACCCUAUUACAUGAGUCAAUCUCUGCUGAAGAUUUUGAACGAGCAAAAUGCACAAACUAAGAAGCAGUAGAAGUGCAAACUCUGGUCAUCCUGCAGCGGUGUUACCUUUCCCUCAUCUGCUGUGUAUGUGCUACACUUGUUUCAUAAGUGCUUUGUGUAUGGAACACUGUAUUCACGACCUUGUUGGCUUUUAUUUGCAUGUUUUAUACCAAAGCUUACACUGUAAUACGUGAAGCCAUCAGAAGUUGCAAGGGAAUUGUUAAUAACACGGAACAUUUUUUAUACUAAGAUCUUUUGUUUUGUAAUUCAUUUUUAAAUAGAAUGGCUAGGAUGUUUUGAAAAUGCUAGUGAAUAUGUUAAUAUUGUUUUAAAUAUUAGAUUGAAAAAUGAUACAUUAUUUAAAUUGGUAGCUCCUAAUAUAUUUUUAAAAUUACAACUAAAGGACUUCUGCAGGGAAAAUUGGUAAACAAAGUAAAACAGAAGAUUUUAAAGUUUUCCCCACUCCUGUUUGACAAUAAAUCGGUAAAAGGAGCGCCACAUUCCAGAUUUUGCUCUAAGUAUAGACUGUUUCCUAUUAAACAAAUUGUCAAUCAUCCAGCCUUUACGACUUAGUCCUCUCUGACAAAGUGCCUUACUGGCUGUUUAAUAUUACCCAGCUUUUGUGGGCAAGUUUACACACAUUGUUAAAAAAAAAAGAAUCCUGCAAUGUUUAGUGAUUAAAACAAGUCUUCUUGCAUUUGUUUUUUUCUUAGCUCACUGGUUGAAAACCAUUUGUCAUUUCAGUAUGUUUGAUAUCCUCACUAUAUAGACUACAUUUUGCAGCAUAAACAAUUUCCCUUGCGCCUAGUGGACAUUCAUGAAUGUGUACUACACGCAAGAAAAAAACCUGAAAGGACACUUGUUAGGUUUGUUUUUUUUACUAAAAGUGAGUUUAAAAUGUAAUCUUUUCUAUGAUAGAUAUUUGAAAAUACAAUAGGUAUAAGACUACAUUUCUCAGUGUUUUACACAGAUUGGAAAGGGAAACUUGAAGAAAUUACAAAGGGAAACUUUACCCCUAGAAAGGGUGCUCACAGAUGUCAUGUACUGAAUAGCUCCAUUUUAAAUGAUUGUUUAUUAUCAUCAAUGAGCGUUCUAUGUAUGUUAUUUCCAUUUUCUAACUUUUGAUAUGAAAUAAUCAGUUUAUUCAUGUUACUUUUUAUUGUGCUAAUAUGAACAAGAACAUAAUUUCUAAUUCAAUUUUAAAUAAUUUUAUUAGUACUAACUUUAAAGAAAAUGAUUUCAGUUUGUUACUCAGUGUUACAGAAAGAAAGAGUCCAUAAAACAUUCACCCUAAGGGAAUGUCAAUCACACAAUGAUAAUUUGUGAAAGCUUUGAGACUCUAUAGUAAGUUCCUAGCAGUUUAUCUAUUAUAUUUAAAUGUGACUUUGGAUAUUCUUUUAUGCCAAAAACGAACUCAUAUGAGCACAAGACAGUCUGAGCUCUAUAGUCAGUAUGCUUCUGCUGUGCAGAAAUAUUAGGAACAUAUUGUCUAAAUAUCUUUGAUAACUAAACUGUUUAAUAUUUAAUGAAAUUUGUUGUUACUCAUUGUUUUAAAUCUAUUUGUUUUUUCUUCUAAUAAAGAUUUAGAUAAGAAAAAGCUCUUUGCUUUUUUAUUUCUUUAAGCUAGAAAAACCCAUCUAUCAUCAUGACAAAAUCUCCUCUGUAUCAAAUAUCUAGGUUUUUUUUUUAAAUCUAGAUUUAUCUUUAAACUUGUUUUCCACUUUUUCUCUAGCUGUGCACUGAUUGCCAAACCAAAUAACUGAAGCUGAUAAUUUAUACAAAGUAAAUAAGUCAAAGCUAAAUGGAUAAGAAAUGGAGUUUUUUAAAAACCCAAACAACAGCCUAAAUUAGUUAGUUGGUCUUUGUUUUAAUUUGCCAAAAGUUUGCUCAGUCCCACAUUUGGUUUGGCCAACAUUCAUAAGAAGCAAAUCUCAUCAUUUUAAAGGCAGGGAUAAGUUUACAGAAUAUAAAAAAUGUGAACACAAAUUAAUAAUACUUUCUAAGGCAAGAUUAAAUGUCCCUAUCGCUGGUUUAGCUCAGGCUAAAAAUUUUCUUAGGUUCGGAUAUUCCUUAACAAAUCUAUGAGUCUAUUUUAAAAUUGAAUUAAUUAUAUGUUAAAUCUUCAAACUUGAUUUUUCUUUAAAAUUUAAUAGGUUUCUUUAAAUGAAAACAUAAAUGUUGCAGUUUUCAAGGUUGUUUUAAAAUGUCCUAUAUUGGGACUUCCCUGGUGGCGCAGUGGUUAAGAAUCCGCUUGCCAGUGCAGGAGACACAGUUUCCAGCCCCGCUCUGGGAAAAUCCCACAGGCCCCAGAGCAACUAAGCCCGUGCGCCACAACUACUGAGCCUGCGCUCUAGAGCCCGCAACAAGCCACAACUACGGAAGCCCACGCGCCUAGAGCCCGUGUUCCGCAACAAGAGAAGCCACUGCAAUGAGAAGCCCGUGCACCACAAUGAAGAGUAGCCCCCUCUCGCCACAACUAGAGAAAGCCUGCGUGCAGCAAUGAAGGCCCAAUGCAGCCAAAAAUUAAUUAAUUAAUUUUUUAAAAAAUAAAUAAAAUGAAAUAAAAUGUCCUAUAUCUAAUAAGAUGUUUGUUAAUAUAGCUACUGGUUCUUUUCUUAUUUAAAAUAAAAAUAUCAUUUGGUUU